CAGCCCCAGGAUGCGCUGAGUCGCCGGGGGGCUGAGGCCGCGCCAACUACAUGCAUGUCCCCCGGGGGCAAGUUCGACUUUGACGACGGGGGCUGCUACGUGGGGGGCUGGGAGGCGGGGCGGGCACAUGGCUACGGCGUGUGCACCGGGCCCGGCGCCCAGGGAGAGUACAGCGGCUGCUGGGCGCACGGCUUCGAGUCGUUGGGUGUCUUCACGGGGCCCGGCGGACACAGCUACCAGGGCCACUGGCAGCAGGGCAAGCGCGAAGGGCUGGGCGUGGAGCGCAAGAGCCGCUGGACCUACCGCGGCGAGUGGCUGGGCGGGCUGAAGGGGCGCAGCGGCGUGUGGGAGAGCGUGUCCGGCCUGCGCUACGCCGGGCUCUGGAAGGACGGCUUCCAGGACGGCUACGGCACCGAGACCUACUCCGACGGAGGCACCUACCAAGGCCAGUGGCAGGCCGGGAAGCGCCACGGCUACGGGGUGCGCCAGAGUGUACCCUACCACCAGGCGGCGCUUCUGCGCUCACCCCGCCGCACCUCCCUGGACUCGGGCCACAGCGACCCCCCGACGCCACCUCCGCCCCUACCCCUACCAGGAGAUGAAGGAGGCAGCCCAGCCUCUGGCUCUCGAGGUGGCUUCGUGCUGGCGGGGCCAGGGGAUGCCGAUGGGGCGUCCUCCCGUAAGCGCAUUCCAGCAGCAGGUGGAUUCUUCCGCCGGUCACUGCUGCUCAGCGGGCUCCGGGCUGGUGGGCGCCGCAGCUCCCUGGGCAGCAAGAGGGGGUCUCUACGCAGCGAGGUGAGCAGCGAAGUUGGCAGUACAGGACCCCCGGGCUCUGAGGCCAGCGGGCCCCCUAUCCCAGCGCCACCCGCCCUCAUCGAGGGCUCAGCCACUGAGGUGUACGCUGGUGAGUGGCGUGCAGACCGGCGCAGUGGCUAUGGAGUGAGCCAGAGAUCCAACGGGCUGCGCUAUGAAGGCGAGUGGCUGGGCAACCGAAGGCACGGAUAUGGACGCACCACCCGGCCCGAUGGCUCCCGUGAGGAGGGCAAGUACAAGCGCAACCGGCUGGUGCACGGGGGACGUGUCCGCAGCCUCCUGCCUCUAGCCCUUAGACGGGGCAAAGUCAAGGAGAAGGUGGACAGGGCUGUCGAAGGUGCCCGUCGAGCUGUGAGUGCUGCCCGCCAGCGCCAGGAAAUCGCUGCUGCCAGGGCAGCAGACGCCCUCCUAAAAGCAGUGGCAGCCAGCAGCGUCGCGGAGAAGGCUGUGGAGGCAGCGCGAAUGGCCAAACUGAUAGCGCAGGACCUACAACCCAUGUUAGAGGCCCCAGGCCGCAGACCCAGACAUGAUUCAGGCGGUUCUGACACAGAGCCUUUGGAUGAGGACAGCCCUGGGGUAUACGAGAAUGGACUGACCCCCUCAGAGGGCUCUCCGGAACUGCCCAGCAGCCCCGCCCACUCCCACCAACCUUGGCGAGCCCCUGCCUGCCGGAGCCCACUGCCUCCUAGAGGGGACUGGGGUCCCUUCUCCAGCCCUAAAGCUUGGCCUGAGGAGUGGGGAGGUCCUGGGGAGCAGGCAGAAGAACUAGCCGGCUAUGAGGCUGAGGAUGAGGCCGGGAUGCAGGGUCCAGGACCCAGAGAUGGUUCCCCACUUCUCGGAGGCUGCAGUGACAGUUCAGGAAGCCUUCGAGAGGAGGAGGGGGAAGAUGAAGAGUCCUUGCCCCAACUGAGGGCCCCAGGAGGCUCAGAGUCUGAGCCUGCCACCACACCAGUUUUGAGGGGCCUGUCUUCAAGGGGUCCUGAUGCUGGGUGCCUGAUGGAAGAGCUUGAGGAGCCUGCUGCCACCGAGAGGCCUGCCCAGCCGGGAGCUGCCAACCCCCUGGUGGUGGGAGCCGUGGCCUUGCUGGACCUCAGCCUGGCGUUCCUGUUCUCCCAGCUGCUCACCUGAGGCGACAUCCUGGCCUCCUGGCUUUGGCUGCUUGCCUCUCCACCCACUUUGACCUGCCUUUUUCUCUUUCCCUCCCCUCCUACUUUGUGUUCUCUCUCUCUUUCCUUUUUUUCUGUGCCCCUUUCUUUUUGUCUCUUGCUUCUCCGUUCCCUCUCUUCUUUGAGAUGGUCUCACUUAUUCUGGACCUGUCUCUGAUCUUCCUCGUUUUCUCUCCCACCCAACCCCUUCUCUCUCUGGAUUGUUUACAUAUGAAGGGCUGUUCUCCCUCAGAGCUACAGAGUUGGCUCUCUUCUCUGAGAUACACAAAUCUAAGUCAGACCAUUGCCCCCAUAUCCUCCCCAACCUUUUCUUUAAGUCAAAACUUCACCAAGGGUGGGGGUUUGGUAUCCUGAGGACUCUCCUGGAAUCUGAGUGGAGGGGAGAAAGAAAAUAAGAGGUUACUGAACGCCAGACAAGGCACUGGCUGAGUCACUUGGGGCCUACUGGCCCAAAUGGAAAACUGCAAGAAGAGAAGCCUCCACUCAGACCUUCCAGAACCCAGCUAAGUUCUUGCCUAACUUGAUCCUUGCCCCAGGGAGAAAAGGGAGUGAGCUACAGGAAACUCUCUCAAUGCUCCCUCUCCGUUCCUCCUCAGCCAGUCCCUCUUCCAACCCCCAAGGAUGGCAUGUCAUGUGAAAAGCAACAACAAAAAAACUAUUUGGUGCAGCCAGCCCACUCCUCUCAGACUCUGCCACUCACCUCUCUACCCUUUUCUGCCCCCUAAGAUUUAUUUGGUUGGUCUGGACUCACUUGUGGCCUUUGAUUAAACUCCCAAGGGGCCUGAAGAAGGCCCUUCUGCAGAGGUUAGAGGCACUAGAGCAAGCAAGGACUCCGCUCCUCAGUACUCGUGGGGAGCACUUCUGGAGGCUGGAGACAAGAUAAGAGCAAAAGGGCAGCAGAAGCUGCACCAAGUCUAGCCAUUCCCACCCCGUCACCUCAGAGUCCUGUGAGAUGGGAAAACAAAAGACAGUCAAAGGAAGCUGAUGUCUCCCACACUCCCCAGGCAGGGCAGAGGUGGAUGGCAACCCCAGGUGAGAAGUGGGUGAAGAGCCCUGUUUGAGAAAUGGCUGAUCCCUCUGGGGACAGAAAGCUCUACACGAGGGAACGGUAGAGCCCAGGGGAACUUUCCUUCCCUGCAUGAGGCAGAGGCAAGCUGCCUGCCAACCCCUUCCUCAAGGAAUGGCCUUGCCCAGGAAUGCCCACCACACACUCUCUUCUUAUUUUUCUAGCCAACCUCUGUUUACUCCUUGGCCUGCCUUCCUCCUUCCUCCCUUCUCAACCUUUACUUCUGGUUUCUCUUUCAUGGAAUUUGGGAUUGACGUUAUACAACCGUGCCGCCAACACCAAGUCUUGCAG